AUGUCUGCGAUUGGCUCUCUCGUCUUCUGCACAGACUGCGGAAACCUACUCGAUGGCAGUGCUGGCAAACAGAACGUCGUCUUGACCUGCACCGUCUGCGGCGCAAACUGCAAGGACACAUCCUCAAAGACCGUUGUUACUGUCUCCAAACCGACAGCUUUCCCAUCGGCCCUGCGCGCCAAGCGUUCCGAAGUGCAGACCAUCUCAGAGGAUGAUGUGAAUACGACCAGUGUCAUCGCCCAGCGCUGCGAGCAGUGCGGGCGCGAAGAGGUUCGCUACUACACUCAGCAGCUGCGGAGUGCAGACGAAGGGUCUACUGUCUUUUAUGAGUGUGACUGUGGUCACAAAUGGAACACCAACAACUGA